CUUCACCUAAAACCUCGAUCAAAAAAAUCCGUAAAACUUUUUUAACCCAAUCGAUCUCCUUCGAGCUAAUCCGAUUCCUUUGAAACUUUCUGGGUUUCAUUACAAUAUUAUUAUUUUAUCUCCUUGUAAUCUUCUUAUCAAUUCAACUGCGUUGGAAUCGGUGUAGAAUCAGGAAGCAGGAAGAUGGGGUGUUGCGCGAGCAAUACAGCAGGAGGAGGUUCAAAGGCUAGCCGGGUCGCGAGAUGGCGAUCCACCGGCAUUAUUGGGCUGCGCGACUCCAAAUUGAAGACAUUUCCUGAUGAAGUGAUUGUAAUGGAGAGAGCAGUACGUACACUCGAUCUAACACACAAUAAGAUCUCUGAUGUUCCCGGAGAAAUCAGCAAGUUAAUCAAUAUGCAGCGUCUGUUAAUAGCUGAUAAUCUAAUUGAGCGUCUUCCGGGGAACCUUGGGAAACUUCAAUCUCUCAAAGUUUUGAUGCUUGAUGGAAACCGCAUCAGCUGUUUGCCUGAUGAAUUGGGUCAGUUGAUAAGGCUUGAGCAACUAUCAAUCUCAAGAAAUAUGCUCAUAUACUUACCUGAUACUAUCGGUAGUCUGCGCAAUCUAGUGCUGUUGAAUGUCUCAAACAACAGAUUGAAAUCACUUCCUGAAUCAGUAGGGAGCUGUGCCUCUUUAGAAGAAAUACAGGCUAAUGAUAACGUCAUUGAAGAGCUCCCUGCAUCACUCUGCAACCUGAUUCAGUUAAAGUCCCUUUGCUUAGACAAUAAUCAAGUGAAGCAGAUUCCAGAUGGGUUGCUGAAAGAUUGCAAGAGUCUGCAAAAUCUAUCUCUGCAUAACAAUCCCAUUUCCAUGGAUGAGUUUCAACUGAUGGAAGGGUACCAAGAAUUUGAGGAGAGGAGAAAGAAGAAAUUUGAUAAGCAAAUCGAUUCGAAUGUGAUGAUCAGCUCUAAAGGACUCGAUGUAGGCGUUGAUAAAUGAAUACUAUCUGUCUUUUCAACAUCUCCUUAGUUGGUCGGAUUGGUGAAUGAGGAUCAACGUUUCGUGUAAGAAACAUUGUUGUACAAGUCUUGUGUUACUGUGACUCUGAAAUUACUUAUGAACACAUACGCAUGAAGGCGUAUAUGUGUGUGUAUGUAUCUUUAUGUUGGUGUAUAUUUAUACAUAUAACAUGGUAAAGUGAUUCUUGCCCUUUUUUAUUGAGAGGAGACUGUCCUAUGCGUGACUUAGUGUGUU